CGCUAAGAACCCCGCCUCCACUCUGAGGAGCAGCUCCGCUGACCAAUAAACUGCCUACCAGGUGCAAUGAACGCACGGGACGAGUGGAGUAGCGGCUGAGCUGCCCAAUGAACAGGCGGGUUUCCGUGGCUAGGGGCGUGGCAGAAGCCGUCGUCAGGGGCGUGGCGGCAGUUGCUUGGGCGGGGCCGGUAGCGGCGGGAGCUGCACUGGCCAGGGGUUCCGGCUGCAUUUCCAUGAGCGCCGCCGGCAGCCGCGGAGCUGCGAGAACCGGACGUGGGGCGAGCUGGGCAGCUGUAAUCAGCUUUUAGGUUAAUUUGAAUAAGAGAUCUGACCCGCCCAGCCCAACUGUACAACUCUUCAAGGAAAGUUCCCAUUUGCAGUGAGAAGAAUAAGCAACAUAGAUCAAGAUGAAUGCCAUGCUGGAGACCCCCGAGCUCCCGGCCGUGUUCGACGGGGUGAAGCUGGCUGCAGUGGCUGCCGUGCUAUACGUGAUCGUCCGGUGUUUGAACCUGAAGAGCCCCACAGCCCCGCCUGACCUCUACUUCCAGGACUCCGGGCUCUCGCGCUUUCUGCUCAAGUCCUGCCCUCUUCUGACCAAAGAAUACCUUCCACCGUUGAUCUGGGGGAAAAGUGGACACAUCCAGACAGCCUUGUAUGGGAAGAUGGGAAGGGUGAGGUCACCACACCCUUACGGGCACCGGAAGUUCAUCACCAUGUCCGACGGGGCCACGUCAACAUUCGACCUCUUCGAGCCCUUGGCUGAGCACUGUGUUGGAGAUGACAUCACCAUGGUUAUCUGCCCUGGAAUCGCCAAUCACAGCGAGAAGCAGUACAUCCGCACCUUUGUUGACUACGCCCAGAAAAAUGGCUAUCGGUGCGCCGUGCUGAACCACCUGGGCGCCCUGCCUAACAUCGAACUCACCUCGCCACGCAUGUUCACCUACGGCUGCACGUGGGAAUUUGGAGCCAUGGUGAACUACAUCAAGAAGACAUAUCCCCUGACCCAGCUGGUCGUCGUGGGCUUCAGCCUGGGUGGUAACAUCGUGUGUAAAUACUUGGGGGAGACUCAGGCGAACCAAGAGAAGGUCCUGUGCUGUGUCAGCGUGUGCCAGGGCUACAGUGCACUGAGGGCCCAGGAAACCUUCAUGCAGUGGGAUCAGUGCCGGCGCUUCUACAACUUCCUCAUGGCCGACAACAUGAAGAAGAUCAUCCUCUCGCACAGGCAAGCUCUUUUUGGAGACCAUGUUAAGAAACCCCAGUCCCUGGAGGACACGGACUUGAGCCGGCUCUACACAGCAACAUCCCUGAUGCAGAUUGACGACAACGUGAUGAGGAAGUUUCACGGCUAUAACUCCCUGAAGGAAUAUUACGAGGAAGAAAGCUGCAUGCGGUACCUGCACAGGAUUUAUGUGCCUCUCAUGCUGGUUAACGCAGCUGAUGACCCCUUGGUGCACGAAAGCCUUCUAACUAUUCCCAAAUCUCUUUCAGAGAAACGGGAGAACGUCAUGUUUGUGCUGCCUCUGCACGGGGGGCACCUGGGCUUCUUUGAGGGCUCCGUGCUGUUCCCCGAGCCCCUGACGUGGAUGGAUAAGCUGGUGGUGGAGUACGCCAACGCCAUCUGCCAGUGGGAGCGUAACAAGCUGCAGUGCUCUGACACGGAGCAGGUGGAGGCCGACCUGGAGUGAGGCCUCCGGACUCUGGCUCCAGCAGCCCUCCUCUGGAACCCACGUCCCCUCACCCCCCGUUUCAGGUCUCCCGUCUCCCUCAGUGACCUGGAUCUGACCUCACACCAUCAGCGGGGGCCCCGCCAUGCACACCUGUCUCGGAGUAGGCAGCUCUCCUGGGAGCUCCAGGCUAUUUUUGUGCUUAGUUACUGGUUUUCUCCAUUGCGUCGUUAGCCAUGGCGACAAGCGACAGAGCUCUCUCACCCUCCUGUCCAGUUUCAGCAUCUGAUUGCUUUGAAGCCAAUUACAUCUAGUUUCCCUGUUAAAAAAUGUGUCUGAACAGCAAUUUUGCCCUGCCAACCAAAAGGCUUUUCCCUGAGAGUAGUAAGGAUGUAUGUCAUUUUGUGGUGCUCGUACGUGUCCUUACAUAGACCCUGGAAAGAGCGCACCGUCUGGGCCGAUGCUGAAGCCCUUUCAGCGUGGGAGCCUGAGGAGCUGGACCUCCCAGGCUGCAGUGUGGCCUCCUAAAUGGCAAAGGCAAUUCCUUCAAGCCACAAGCCAAGUCUGCUCCCUCACUGUCUCCUAGUCAGGCCCGCGCUUUGCCGCUGAUGGGGCACCUGCAGAAACCCAGCCUCCCAGCUCCUCCCCUUGGCAAGGUUGGCUCAGCGGUCUGGGAAGGGGUCUGGGGGUUUCAGUUUUUCACAAGUGCCCCAGGGGAUUCUCAUCACCAGGUAAAUUUGGGAAACACUAUUCAACAACGCCUUUAAAUUAGAAACAUCUCUGUAGUUCAUUUUUUUUAAGCUCACAGGCCUCGAGAGCAGCAAGCCCUGCCCUGUGGCUGCUCUCGUGCGCCCACAGUGUGAUGUCUCAGAAGAGCCCUGGUGGGAGAGGGCGUCUGGGCUGUGCCCCGGCUCUGCUUCUCACCCUGGACAAAGUCCCCUUGGACUUCAGUUUAUUUGCCUAUAAAAAGGGGGACUUGGACCAGGUACGUUGGUGAGAUCACUACCAGUUCUGAAGUUCAAUGACAAACUCAGUUCACUGAGGUUUGAGAGAACAUUCCUCCAGCGGAGCCUGGGAGCUGUUCUCCCAGUGUAAGCAUGUAGAUAGCAUCCUCACUUGCCUUUCUGUUCUGUCCCUUUUCAUUCAGAUAAAGAGGUGUUGGGAGGUUUUUUAAGCACUCAAUUAUAAUUUUAGUUUUUUAGCCCAGGGCCCUCUAACUCUCUGGCUUUUGAUACCAAACAAUUCAAACGUUGGAUCUCAGUUUGGAGAAAGAUAUUUCCAACUGAAGGGUGUUAUUUUGAAAGCAGAUUUUUAAUUUACUAGCCUAUAUAUUUGUAGUCUAUUGGAUAAACCUUUCCAGAGUGUGUCUUCUCACUCUAGGUUUCAAGUACUCCUUCCCUCCAAUCCUGUGGUACUUGAAUAUCUAAAAACCCUGCACUUUGAAAAAUCUGCAGUUGCUAUCUGGAACUAAACAGAACUAUGAGUGAAAUUGCCUGGAUACUUUUAAAAAGAUAUUUUCCCUUCUUCAUUUCCUCUGGCUCCAGGACAGACUGGAAUAUAGAUAGUGGGUCUGUGUGGGUAUUUAAGGGGUUAAAGGUGUCAACUGAGCACCCACAUGCCAACCCUCGAGGCCACAGGGGGGUGUCGGUUGGGUAUUGGUCCAAGUGACUGUGACAGUAGUCUGUAACCUGAAGAAAUUUUCUGACAAUCAACAGAUCACCCUAUGAACAUCAAAAACAGCCAUUAUCUCAGGAGACUGAGAUUUCUGUGCUCUCAACUCUGCUUUGGUAUUUCUCACACUCACCAAGUUCUGUCAUUACGACUGUUCCCCAAAGUUCUUAUUUCUCUAAUGCAUUUCCUUUUCACUUUCUUUUUGCACAAUUCGGCACUUUAUCCAUCCCUCAAUUUGGAAGCUAGUCACUCUCCUCUGUUACUUUUCCCUCCACCCAACCACAAUUAUAAUCUAGAAGAUUCAUAAUCGUAUUUUAUGCUACUACCUUCAUUUCUCAAUGAAGGAUGAGGAAGGAAUUCCUUCCUCAAUGAAGGAAACUUAAAGUUUCUCAAAACUUUAUUUGUGAAAAUAGGUAAAUCAAGCAAUAGCUUAUCUCAGUCCUGGGAUUGAAUCUCAUGCCAGGAACAAGAGCCUCCUUUCAUUUGCCUGAGGUCGCAUCUCUUCACCUAUUCUGACAAAGUAGUGGCCAGCCUGCGUUCCAUUCAGGAGGAAGAGAGACAGUCCUGUUGUCACACGAACCAGAGAGGGAAGCCUCAGAGCCUGGUGGGCAAGGCGGCCCUGGUGGCCCCCGCAGAAGAGAGGCAUGGCUGGCAGCAUAGCCCUGGUUGCCACACAACCGGAAUUCACCCCCCAGGACGGGGGCGGGGGGGAGGGGGGGCUGUCCCAGCUGAGAUCUGUUUAGUGUGUGACUCUGAAUGGCACUUGCAUUCCAUUUUGGCUCACAUGAAAUCAACUGAAGCCCUUUGUUGGAGCUCUGGGCCCUCAGGCAUUGAAAUGAGAAGGGACUGUGGCUGCCUUCCAGGAAAACUCCCGCCUGUCCCUGAAUGCAAGCACAGAGGGGCUGCCUUCGCAGAGAUGCAAACUCGCCUAAUAAACCAGGGAGCAGCAUUUUCUAUAUGGGUCAUCUUUUCCCUCCUCCAGGCUUGUCUUUCUUCCCAGAGUUGUUCACUUCUGAUAGUAAUGUGAAUGCUCUUCUUGCUAUUAAGGUCUUAUUUGGGCUAAAACAAGUCUCAAUUUUUAGAGUGUUUGAAUAUUUUAAAAUCAAAUUAAGGAUAUAAAUUGCAUCGAUGUAAACAAUUCUGUUGCAGGAAUAACAUGUUAAAAACCAGGCGGGGGCGGCAGCUGCAUUUCUCCUGUUGCAUUCCCUGCCUCCUAGGCAAUUUGAAGACACUGAUGAGUAACUGAUCCCAGUCAAAUUAGGAUUAUCUCACUUAAAAAACGGUGUCAAGUCUCUGACUCAUUUAUGUUAGAAGGGAGUUUAACAUCUUGAAGAAAACCUCUUAUCUUUACUGCCGUGAGUUUGCACCAGUGAUUCCAGAGCAGAACAAAGGCAGAAAGUAGUUUGUUGUUACCAUCUUCUUUUAACCUCUCUGAAGCAUUUUAUAGACUUACAGGGAGCCUUAUGAGCUGCCAGGAGAGUGGAAAUAUACCCAAAAGGGGAGUGUUUCUUUUUUUGACGUGCUGUUAUUAGAACCAAAGUCCAGGAUACCUGGGUUCUUGUCCUAACUGUCUCUAAUUCACAUUGGAUCAUGGGCAAGUCACUUCAUCUCUGUGAGCCUGUUCCCUCAUCUUAGACCAUCUCCAAGACAACUUCAUUUAUUUACACAUCCCUUGCUUAAACAUUGCUGAGUGUUUGCCUGCACUUGGCUUUCACAGCCUUGCAGGUGGAAACACCUAUGUCACGGCUCAAGGCUCAUCUUGCGGUGACUUGGAGCAGGGGAGCUUCCACAUUAAGCCUUUCCUAGUGGAAACCUUUGAUCUUGUCCAAAGCCCUACGUCUUUGGCUUCCCUGCAGAGUCUCCAUUGUCCUUACAAUGUCUGAGCCCUUCCGUGGUCUUGUGGCCGUGGCAGGUGCUGCCCACUAGCACGUGGAGAAGCUCUCCAUCCCUCAGUGCGACUCAGCCAGACCGUUGAGAACUCCCGGGGCAGAAACCCUUCCUGCUCGGGCUUUCGUUCGAGAGCUGCGGUCUUCAUGAAAGCUGAACUUUCUGGGUAGCUGAGCUUACUUGCCUGGCCUCCAAAUGAAAGCUCUCUUUGUAACUGUGUGGCUCGAGGUCUGCUUUGCCAGCUCCAGAAACAAUACAUGUGUCCUCGUUUGCGUUUGCCAAGCAAGCAGAUGUCCGAGAUGCGAGAGGCUUUGCUUUUCCUGUGGCAUUGAUUCUGACUUGGAGAGAAGGUAAAGGACUGACGACUGAAAUGUCACGUUGGGCUGAAGGAACUCACAGGUCUUUGUCCUUUAGGCAGGAUAGGAGGGUUAUUAAGAAGCAUUUCACUGUAGCAUUCUGUCACAAUAUCAUCUGGAAUUGUUUUCUUUGCCCAGAAAGCCUUAACUUGCCUCUAGAAAAUCCUCUGGUAUUACAACAAUAUUGUGGCAUUAAAAUUCAAAUUCUCUUGCUGUGCAAAGCCACAGCAAAACCAGAGCAUUUCCUCAAGUGGCCUGUAGGCUCCUUGUCGUGCCUCGUCCCUGGCACCUGUCUGUCCUUCUUGGCCUUACUCUGUUGUUCAAAGCCACUUUGGACUGCUUGGAUGCUUUAGAAAGCCAUGAAAAGUAGCCUGCCUGUGGCAUUUAGAGGCCAAGCAAUAGAGGGAAAGAUUUGCUUCCACCUGUUAUCUAAGCAGAGGGAAGUGCCCCUCUUCAUAAACUAGGCUCGCUUUUGCCAAAUUGUCUGUGAAGCUAAGGGAAGGGGAGCUGGCGCCUGCUGGCAGAGAGAGCUGGAAUGCCGGCCAAGGCAAAGGCUGCUUCUUCUUGCCUGGAGCUGCUGCCUCCAGGGCCCAAGCCCAGGCAUCCUCCUGUCGUGGCCCUUGGAAACAGGCCGCAGGGUCCCAGAAAGUAGACAGCUGCCCCCUUUGGAAGAGUCAGUCCUCAUUGUUUUCUGAACUGUUUUCCUAGCAUGUGGGUAAAGCUUUCAUGUGUCUGAUAAAUAAGCUAAAGUUAAUUUCUAACUGGUGGAUCAAGUCUAACAUUCUGAGUUCCAUCAAGUACUCAACUUUUAACUAGACUCCUGUCAAUUAGUAAUGAAAUCUAUAACCUACCUUCCGCUUCUGGUCCCCAUUAGCCAAGAAAUCCACUAUUGCCAUAAGUUGGGGACAGUCCACUUCUAGCAUCUGUAGAAACACCAUUUGUCUCUAAGGGCAUUCUCCUUCCAGAUCACCCGCCUGGAGCAGCCAGCAGUCACCUAGAUGAAUUGCUGACUCCCUUGGUCCCAGUGCCGGCCACUUCUCUCCUAGGGUGUUCGUGUGGGUGGAGAGAGUUUCUGGGUGUAUAGGUUAGGUCUUGUUUGGUUUUUAUUUUGGCCUCUUUAGUUUUCCUAAAGCACAAGUCCAUGUAGAAUCCUGCCACCUCUCCACACCAGUUCCAGAUGAUCUGGGUCUCGCCCACUGCCUCAGGAAGACCUUCACUGUACCUGAGCUUCUGACUUCUGCCACUGCAGCUGCCUUAGUGACGCCAGGGGAGGGGAAGGGGGGGCAAGUUUGCAUCUCUCCUUUUCCUGGUUAGACUCUGUUCAACCACAUUCUUAAGUUGGCAGAUCUGCUUCCAGAUUGAUUUUUGAGAACCAUCACUUUCACAUUCCUAAUUCUGAUUUGUUUUGUUUUGUUUCAUUUGGGUUUUCUGAAACUUAAAAUGCUGCCCUGAAAACACUGUAUUUUUGAGUUUGUGUUCUGAAAGCCUCCGUGCUGCCGGAUCUUUGGGGGGGGGAGGGGACACAGGAUCCUUCAGCACUGAGGUGUUUAAGAUUUGCAACUAGCAAUGCAAUUUUUUCUAAAUAUGAGGAUAUUUACCUUUAUUAAGAAAUUAUACUAAACAAUGGUGUCCUUGAUCAUUUUAUGUUCUCAUAUUACUUUUGAUUCUAUUAGGAUUCUGUGUGGUGGUGAACAAAGAUCAUUACAAACAAAAACUAUAAUUUUGUUAUCUUUGAGUCAAUGGAAUUUCUUUACUUAAAAAAAUAAAGUCUAAAACUGUGGCGUG